AAUACUUUUCUCCCUGAAAAAUGGCAAGGUUAUUGACAAUAGCAGUUCUAGCUAGCCUUCUAUUGGCACUCAUCGCCAAUGCCUCUUCUUACAGAACCACCAUCACUACCGUGGAGUUUGAUGAGCAGUCCAGCAGGAGUCGAUCCGGAGGCUGCCAAGAGCAGAUUCGGAGGGCGGACUUGAGCAGUUGUGAGCAAUAUGUAUCCCAAACAUCAAGGCCAAUGUUAGCACUCCGAGGGAUCCACAAUCGACAGGGUGAUCAAGAGCAAGUUCAGCAAUGCUGCCAGCAAAUAAGGCAUGUGGAUAGGCAGUGCCAGUGCGACACUUUACGGUCUGUGAUCGAGGAGCAAACACAGCGCCAACGCCGCCCUGAACAGGAAGAGACGCGGGAGGUACAGAGGAGGGCAACCGAAAUACAAAGACAGUGCAGCUUGCCCGAUUGUCAAUACCAAUCAAUCUGGUUCUAGAUGCUGUUUUAGGAUCAUAUGAUGUGCUAGCUAGUUAGCAAUCAAGUUCACUCACUCGUAGAGUGGCUUGUGAGCGGUAUGCAUGUUUAAUAGUCACAUCAGGCUGUUAUGCAAGCACUUAUGGAAUAAAAGUAAGUCUAGCACAUCGAUCAGGCUGUUUAUGCAAGUACUUGCGCCAUAAUAAAAGUACGUCUACCUUUUGAGUUUAUCAGCUCAUGUAAAAUGUACGCAUGCAAUAAAAAAGCAAUGCAGCUUGGCUUUGAUGA